UCUGCUCCUUUGAAUCCUCUCUCUCUCUCUCUCUCUCUCUCGACGACCUUUAAAGAGAGAUACUGACUCAGCUCCUUUGUCUUCUCAGUUAUCACUCUCAAAAGUAUUUGUCAAAGAGCCAACGAGAAAGAAAACCCUUCUCGGAGAACCCUCUGAUCCAAUCAGAAACAACCAUCGCCAUGGACUACGAGUAUGGAGAGUACUGCAGGAGAGGACACGUGCCGGCUUUCGGGAGCUGGGACUGGAACGACGCCGUUCCGUUCACACAGUGCUUCGAAACUGCGCGUCAAGACCGUGAUCUCUACGUCGCCGGCGAUCUCUACGGCGACCACCUCUUUGCCCCCGCCAUGAUCGUCGUCCCUCGACAUCGGGCAAAAGUGGGUCAGGAGCCUCCACGAGCGAAAAGAGCUACGAAUAAAGAAGACUGCAGCUUGAAGGCGGCGCGUGAGUACGACGCGCCGGCCACCUGCCCUACUCCGUCGUCGAGGAGACCGGCGCCGAAGCCUGUGGACGAGGACUUGUAUACAAUAUCUCCCGAGCUCGUAAAAGCUAAAUCCAAAAGGCAGGGGAAUGGUGGGUUUGGAUGCUUCUCAAGAUGUUUCUUGCCAACUCGAGUUUCAUGAAGCUGCUGCUGUUGUACGAGAGAGAAAGAGAGAGAUCUUUACAUAAAGUAUGCGCUAUAUAUAUAUAUAUAUAUAAUUGUAUGUGAAUGUAUAUGUAUCUAUGCGAGAAAGAGAAGAGAAAAAGAAACGGAGAAAAAGGGUGGUGGAUUGAAGGGAAAAUCGUGUAACCCUCGGGGAAAGGGAGCCUAUGAUAUUCAAGAAAAAUGAAACUUUUUUAUUGAGGCUUUUU